AUUAUACAUGCAAAGCAGAUUGGUAGGAGAGACGUGAUUGGAUAGAAAACUAGGAACUCCUUCGCGCAAAUGGUGGCGAAUGGACGUCUUUCAACGAUUGCCGGAAGUUUAUUGAGUUGUAAGUUUGAAGUUGAUCAUAUAAUAGCACUGCAGAGGAUGCAAAUGACUUAGUUUGACAAUUAAAAGUAUGAGACGCAUUCUGAAUGUUCUGAACAGAAUUCUAACAUAUGAAAAUUAUCAAUGAUAUUGUCUACGUGAGAUCAUUUUCACUUAGACCAGUCUGUGUCUAAAGAUACGUGUUGGUGUAUUUGGCGCUGCUUAGUUCAAAUUGCAUAAAUAAAUUUUAUUGUGUUUUUCUCGAAACAGUAAUCUUAUGAUAUGAGUUAACUAGAUCAUUUUUUCGCAGGUUCUCGAUAAGAAAAAAUUAAAAUGUUUCGAUUACAAAGUGCAGCCAGACCAUACUGCAAGCUAAGAAGAGGAUUUCAUACAACCAUAAGACUAAAAUGUAAAGUUGAGAAGGGAACUAGUUUUUCAAACUUAACAAUCGGGGUUCCAAAAGAAACGUUCCUCAAAGAACGUCGUGUAGCUCUUGUCCCUGCCACAGUUGCUACAUUAACCAAAAAAGGUUUCAAUGUUAGCGUUGAAGAGAAUGCUGGUGCUGAAGCCAAAUUUUCCAACGACGACUACGCCUCAGCCGGUGCCAAAAUUACUUCUGCAAAAGAGGCAUUUCAAACAGACAUAACUCUAAAAGUACGAGCCCCGUUAGCGAAUGAGGUUUCGUUAUUUCGCGACAAUGGAAUACUUUAUUCAUUUCUCUAUCCAGCUCAAAAUCAAGAGUUAAUAUCAGAGCUAGCAAAAAAAAACUUAACAGUAUUUGGAAUGGAUUGCGUUCCAAGAAUUUCCAGGGCCCAAGUUUUCGAUGCAUUAUCAUCCAUGGCCAAUAUUGCAGGUUACAAAGCAGUUAUUGAAGCAGCUGGUGAAUUUGGUCGAUUUUUCACCGGUCAAAUAACAGCAGCCGGUAAAGUUCCUCCAGCCAAAGUCUUAGUUAUUGGAGGAGGUGUGGCAGGUUUAGCUGCUAUUGGAACAGCAAAAAAUAUGGGCGCAGUAGUAAGAGCUUUUGACACUCGUGAAGCUGUUCGGGAACAGGUGCAGUCAAUGGGAGCAGAGUUUUUAGAACUCAAUUUCAAAGAAUCAGGUGAGGGCACUGGAGGAUACGCAAAGGAAAUGUCAAAGGAGUUUAUCGAAGCUGAAAUGGCUUUGUUUGCUAAGCAGGCGAAAGAAGUUGAUAUAAUUAUUACAACCGCUCUUAUUCCUGGUAAACCUGCACCGAAGUUAAUUAAAAAGGAAAUGAUUGAAUCGAUGAAACCUGGUUCUGUUGUCGUUGAUUUAGCAGCAGAAGCCGGUGGCAACAUAGAAACAACUAGACCUGGUGAAACAUACACUUAUAAGGAUGUCGUUCAUAUUGGCUAUACAGAUAUGCCCUCUCGAUUACCAUCAACUUCAUCAACCCUAUACAGUAAUAAUAUCAGCAAAUUAUUACUUUCAAUGACUGAGAACGACAGAUAUUUUAUUGAUAUAAAAGAUGACGUAGUAAGAGGAUCAAUCGUUUUAGAUAAGGGUGAAUUGACUUGGCCCCCACCAGCUAUAAAGGAUCCGUCACCUCCUCAAGCUGUCAAAGUUCACGUUGAAGCUGAAAAAGAGAUUGCACCAAUUAAUUACUUUAAAAAUACUAUGAAUAGUGCGCUAAUGUACACCGGAGGCUUAAGCACGGCUCUUGCACUUGGAUACGUAGCACCUAACGCAGCUUUUAGCUCUAUGAUGACAACUUUUGGUCUUUCCGGAAUUGUGGGUUAUCAUACGGUUUGGGGAGUUACACCCGCUCUCCAUUCACCUCUUAUGAGUGUAACGAACGCGAUUUCGGGAAUAACCGCAGUGGGUGGUUUGUGGCUAAUGGGCGGUGGCCUCGUACCGUCAACGACCGCUCAGGCAAUGGCUGCUAGUGCCGCCUUUAUAUCCUCAAUAAAUAUAGGAGGUGGUUUCCUUGUGACCCAAAGGAUGUUAGACAUGUUCAAGAGACCUACAGAUCCUCCAGAAUACAACUACUUGUAUGCCAUCCCAGGAGCAGUAUUUUUAGCCGGCUACGGUGGAACAGUCUACCUAACAGAUUUGCCUGAUGUUCACCAGAUGGCUUACCUAGCUGCAUCACUAUGUUGUGUAGGAGCCUUGACAGGCUUAAGCUCCCAAAAAACAGCUCGUUUGGGUAAUGCUUUAGGUAUAAUUGGGGUAACAUCCGGUGUUGCCGCAACUUUAGGCAUUCUGAAACCAUCUCCUGAGUUAUUAACUCAAAUGGCCUUAACAAUGGGAGUAGGAGGGGCAAUUGGUGUAAUAAUUUCAAAGAGAAUGGAAGUAACAGAUCUGCCUCAAAUGGUUGCUUUGUUUCAUUCUUUGGUUGGGGCAGCAGCAGUUAUUACAUGCAUGGCGAAUUUUAUGGUAGAAUUUCCACAUUUAGCUGACAAUCCAGCCUUAAACAUGUUGAAGACGGUUAUGUUUUUGGGAACUUACAUUGGAGGAGUAACAUUCACUGGUUCUCUAAUCGCUUUUGGAAAGCUUCAAGGAUUGCUUAAAUCCGAUCCUCUACUCCUUCCCGGUAGACACGCCAUGAAUGCAGCCCUAAUGGCUACUAAUAUUGGUGCCAUGGGUUAUUUCUUGGCAAACGACACAUUCGGAAGUGGUAUGGGCAUGCUACUAGCAACUGCCGGUCUAUCAAGCGUUAUGGGUGUUACUCUCACAUCAGCAAUCGGCGGAGCUGAUAUGCCAGUUGUCAUCACUGUCCUUAAUUCCUAUUCUGGAUGGGCUUUGUGUGCCGAAGGUUUUAUGUUGAACAAUAGUUUGAUGACAGUCGUUGGAGCUUUAAUUGGCUCAUCCGGUGCAAUUCUAUCCUAUAUCAUGUGCAAGGCUAUGAACCGUUCUCUUCCAAAUGUUAUUUUAGGUGGUUACGGAACAAGCUCCUAUGCCGGUGGAAAAGCUAUGGAAAUAACUGGAACUCACUCGGAAAUAAACAUUGAUCAGACUGUUGAUCUUAUUGAUGAAGCUCAAAAUAUAAUGAUUGUUCCCGGUUAUGGUCUUUGUGUAGCUAAGGCUCAAUAUCCCAUUGCUGAAAUGGUUGAUGCUCUUCGAAAGAGAGGAAAGACUGUUCGUUUUGGUAUACAUCCUGUCGCUGGUAGAAUGCCAGGACAAUUGAACGUGCUGUUGGCAGAGGCUGGUGUGCCUUAUGAUAUAGUUCAUGAAAUGGAGGAAAUUAAUGACGACAUGCCUGAAGUUGACUUGACACUUGUAAUUGGAGCUAAUGACACCGUUAAUUCGGCUGCCGAGGAAGAUCCCAAUUCUAUUAUUGCUGGUAUGCCAGUUAUUCGAGUUUGGUUGAGUAAACAGGUUGUCGUCAUGAAACGUACACUUGGCGUUGGCUAUGCAGCGGUUGAUAAUCCAAUUUUCUUUAAAGAAAAUACAUCUAUGUUACUUGGAGAUGCGAAGAAAACUUGCGACGGUUUACUUCAACAGAUCCGAAGCAAAUCUGAUUCUUAG